ACAACUCUGUCAAAACAGAAAAAGACCUUUAGGAGAUAUUCGGGCAGAUAUUCAGUCGCUAGACUUUUCCACUGCCACCAAGCGCCAAGAGUUUGAACCUCGUUCUACAACACUAUGGAGGGGUAUGCGAUGACACCUGGAGACAUGGAGAGGGGCCCUGUGUACAACACAACGGUGACAGCUGUUGCUGAGAGAAAGGGCUCCAGAGGUUGGCUAUGGAGGCUUUGUGGGGUCCUCUUAAUAGCAGCUUUAUGUGCGGCAGCAGCCCUGCUCUUUGCCUGGUUUCAGCAUGGAAGACCGGCAACGAUGCAGGACGAAAUGGAGCCUCAACUGGAGAUACUCAUUGGUGCAAAAGAUACCCACCAUACAUUGAAGCAGAUUGCCGGCAAUGCAAAAGCAGCCAUCCAUUUAGAGGGUGAAUACAAUCCUAAUCUUACCACUGACACCGUGCAGUGGAGAAAGGAUGACGGCCAGGCUUUUUCCCAGGGCGGGUUCGAGCUACAGGGGAACCAAAUCCUCAUCCCACACACUGGGCUCUUCUUCGUUUACAGCCAGGCUUCGUUUAGGGUCAAGUGCAACGGCCCGGGCGAGCAUACCACUCCUCUGAGUCACGUUAUUUGGCGCUAUUCGGACUCCAUCGGGGUUAAUGCUAAUCUUCUUAACGGGGUAAGGUCAGUUUGUCAACGAAAGUACGGUGAUGCUGAGUCCAAUAACGGCGAAGGCUGGUACAAUGCAGUUUACCUUGGCGCAGUGUUUCAGCUGAAUGAAGGGGACAAACUGUGGACUGAGACCAAUCGACUGACCGACGUGGAGCCAGAGCAGGGCAAGAACUUUUUUGGUGUGUUUGCACUAUGAUGAGAGAGAGGCAUGCCAGAAGUGAAUAUUUGUUAAAACAGUUUUAUGUUAAAACUCUUAUUUUAGUAUUGCAAUUUUAUGGUAACUGAGCAAUCUUAAAGGAGAUAGGUCUAAUCUUAAUGGUUAUUUUUGUAAACUGCAAUAGCUUGAGAAAUUAUUAUUGUUUUUCCAUACAUGAUUGUCCAUUCUCUGUAUUGUAGAUUUUGCACCAAAUAAUAUUAUGACUUCGGGUUAUUUAUAUUAACUUAAAAAAAUGAUAUUUACUAUUUAUAUGAAAAUACAUAUUAACUUUUUAAAAAAGGAUUUACUAUUUAUAUGAAAAUACAUGUGAACUUAAAAAAAUGAUAUUUACUAUUUAUAUGAAAAUACUAUGGAGUACUGUAGUAUAAGUUAUUUUUAUUCACAUAAGUCUAGCAGUAGCCUAUACUAGGCCUAUCAGAAUACAUUACUACAUACUAAGUUAUUGAAUUUAAUGUACUGGUGUAGUAAUGUUUAUUUAAAUGUGAUUGUGUUGUAUUUCAUUUGUCACCUAUUCAGAGUGGUUGAAUCAACUAAUAAAU